AUGGUUGCUCCUCGUCUCGUCCCAAGCGUCUCCCGCUCGGCCUUCCGUGUCGCUCAGUCUAACGCUCGUCUCUUUGGCCGCAGAACCAUGGCCACUGAGGCCACUGCUGUUGGUACCGUCAGAUCCGUCGUCGGUGCCGUUGUUGACGUCCAAUUCCACCAAGACAACCUCCCCGCCAUUUACAACGCUCUCGUCCUCAAGAGAGACGAUGGUGAGAAGCUCGUCCUCGAGGUCGCUCAGCACCUCGGUGAGAACACCGUCCGCACUAUUGCCAUGGACGGUACUGAGGGUCUCGUCCGUGGCCAGGAAGUCACUGACACUGGUGCCCCCAUCACCAUCCCCGUCGGCCGUGGUACCCUUGGCCGUAUCAUCAACGUUAUUGGUGAGCCCAUUGAUGAGCGUGGUCCCAUCAAGGCUACCAAGUACUCUCCUAUUCACGCUGAGCCCCCCACCUUUGCUGAGCAGUCUACCUCUGCUGAGGUUCUCGAGACCGGUAUUAAGGUCGUCGACCUUCUCGCUCCCUACGCCCGUGGUGGUAAGAUUGGUCUUUUCGGCGGUGCUGGUGUCGGCAAGACUGUCUUCAUCCAGGAGCUCAUUAACAACAUUGCCAAGGCCCACGGUGGUUUCUCCGUCUUCACUGGUGUCGGUGAGAGAACCCGUGAGGGUAACGAUCUUUACCGUGAAAUGAAGGAGACUGGUGUCAUCAACCUUGAGGGUGACUCCAAGGUCGCACUCGUUUUCGGUCAGAUGAACGAGCCCCCCGGUGCCCGUGCCCGUGUCGCUCUUACUGGUCUUACCAUUGCCGAGUACUUCCGUGAUGAGGAAGGCCAGGAUGUCUUGCUCUUCGUUGACAACAUUUUCAGAUUCACCCAGGCCGGUUCCGAGGUCUCUGCCCUUUUGGGUCGUAUCCCCUCUGCCGUCGGUUACCAACCCACCCUUGCCACUGAUAUGGGUGCCCUCCAGGAGCGUAUUACCACCACCCAGAAGGGUUCCGUCACCUCCGUCCAGGCCGUCUACGUCCCUGCCGAUGAUUUGACUGAUCCUGCCCCUGCCACCACUUUUGCCCAUUUGGAUGCCACCACUGUGUUGUCUCGUUCUAUUUCUGAGUUGGGUAUCUACCCCGCUGUCGAUCCCCUUGACUCCAAGUCUCGUCUUCUUGACGCUGCUGUCAUUGGCCAGGAGCACUACGAUGUUGCCACCCAGGUCCAGCAGACUCUCCAGGCUUACAAGUCUCUCCAGGAUAUCAUUGCCAUUCUUGGUAUGGAUGAGUUGUCUGAGACUGAUAAGCUUACCGUUGAGCGUGCCCGUAAGAUCCAGAGAUUCCUUUCCCAGCCCUUCGCUGUCGCUGAGGUCUUCACUGGUAUUGAGGGUCGUCUCGUCCCCUUGAAGGACACUGUUAAGUCUUUCAAGGAGAUUCUUGAGGGCAAGCACGACUCUCUCCCUGAAGCUGCUUUCUACAUGGUUGGUGGCAUUGAGGAGGUUGUUUCCAAGGCCGAGAAGCUUGCUUCCGAGGCUGCUUAA